AUGGAGAAGUAUCGUGCAGAUAAAUUGUUUUAUAAUGUCAAUUUGGCUGUCAAGUCUGUGGUACAGAAUGGAGUGUCAGAGAUUGAAGACUUAGCUGAAAAAAUAGAUAAUAAUGAAACGUUAUGUGAAAAAUUAGAGGACCAACGGAGAGCUCACCGCGAGUAUGAAUCAAAAUUGAUGACUGAGUACUUGAACAAUGUCAAAAUAUUGAAGGAAUUAAAUGAAAAAUAUUUAACUGACGCCCAGUUGAUAUCAAUUAAAUAUGAGCGACAGCAGUUGAAUGAAUACAAACAGUCUUUGACGAGACAAAAUGACUUGACGCAAAUUUGCGCGUUUACUAAAAGUAAAUCCGCCGCUAUAAUGGCGACAAACAAAAAAUUAGAAAAUGAAAUACAGUCUAAAAGAAUAAAAGUAAUAUCACAAUUUACGUCAUUACUUAAUCGGUACGAUUCGGAAAUUGGUGAUAAAAAAAUUUAUUUGGAAAAAUUAAGAGCCGAACGUUGUGAUUUAGAAGAAAAUUUAAAAGAAAUUGAGGAAAUUAUUAACCAACAAUCAGCUAUUUAUGAUGAGUACAUGUACAAACGCCGUCAAGUUGAUGUAGACCGAGUGGAGGCGACAAGAAAGAGUCACGCUGCUAGAACAAUUCAACACUCGAUUAAUGAUCGCUCUAAUUUAAUCCUAAUACACAAUCCUAUCAGCGUAGCUAGAGAGCAAUGUGGCACAGUGGGAUUGAAUUCAACGCGGAUGACAAAGGUCCCGUUGGGGACAGUUUCUUUCAACUCAGUAAUGUCUUUUUCGGUAACCUCACUUGGAUUUUUUUUAUUAACAAGAUCUUGUGCAGUCCCCAUAUCUCCAUCAGGCAACAAACCAUCUUUUAUUUUAGUGCCAAUAGAUAAUUUUCGUAUCCAAGAUAACAUACUUGCAAUUGCGAUCUACAAUUUAAAAAAAUAA